UUCCAUUUUAUGGGCGUAUUCAUCAAUAAUAAUGUUGUCCAUUGUCAAUCAUCAUCAAAUAAUGGUGGCCAAUUGGUAACAGAUAAAUAUUAUGGUACACCAUUAGGACCAUUAUCGCCUGGUGCUGCCACAGGUCAUGUAUAUGCAUCGGAUGAGAAUACCAUAUUUAUCAAAGGUUUCAAUUUUGAUGGUACACGUAAUCCAUAUAGUUAUUUUCAAGCUGGAUCAACACUUUUACCUGAUGGUACCGGUUUUACUGUUGCCGAUGAUAAAGGAACUUACAAUCAAUUGGGCAAUUAUCAGAAUAAAGAUUUGAUUCUUAAACUGCCUGAUGGUCGUACAAUUCGAGAGAUACGUUGGUUUUCCGUAUGGAAUCGAAAUAAUCAUCUAUCAAUGGGUCAUGUAACCAUACCAGUAGAUGUGGAUCUACCGCGACCAUUAGAACUGCCUGGCCUGAAUACAUUAGCACACGGAGUUCGUUCAUCACCGAUAACCAUUGUUGAUGCACAAACCAUAUUGAUACCGAAUUUUUGGUAUGACGGCCUUGGUCCAGCAGCCUAUUGGUGGGCAACUCGUGGACCACGUCAAUCACCACAAGGUUUACGGUUGAAAGAUGAAAAAGGAUCUGUACGGCCAUUACGUGCUUAUCAUGGUGAAACUGUCAUGUUAAUGUUACCAGAUACAAAAACCGUCUACGAUUUUGAUUGGUUAGGCAUUUGGUGUGAAGAUUUUCAGGUGGAUUUUGGUCAUGUUCAUAUACCACAACAUGUACGUGUACCACCAUCGCCGGCAAUGUUAGGUUUGAAACCAGAAGCUAAAUUGAAUUGUGAAGUUUUCGAUGAUCUUCGUGGUUUCGAAAUGCGUUGGAUCCUGGAUGGAGAUGAUAUUGUCAUACAAUUAGUUGGUCGUAUGUUACCCAAUGAAUACAUGUCGAUAGGUUGGCCACGUGAUGAUAGUCGAUCAUUGAUGAUUGGUGCCGAUGCUUUAGUUGCCUGGAUCGAUGCAUCCGGUAAAGGACAUGCUAAAGAUUAUUAUAUCAGUGCCAAAGAACCAUGUGUUGGACAACAUGGUGUUUGUCCGGACUUGAAUCAUCCAGGUGCCACUGACAGUAUUACAUUAUUACAUGCAGCAGUUAUUAAUGGAUUUCGUAUGAUUACCGUUAAACGGCCACAGCUUGGUGUAGAUGAACGACUUGAUCAACACAUUUAUUCCGAUGGUCAACAAGCUAUUAUAUGGGCAUAUGGACCAUUGAAUUCUCGUAAUGAAUUAUCAUAUCAUACUAAUCACCAAUAUGGUAAUCGAUAUUUAGAUUUUGCUCGUUCACCAAAAUGGAAUUGUCCAAGUCCAGAUCAGGCAUUAAUGCAACAACGUAAAUGGCAACAGUUGAUUGCUGCUGCAUCAAAUUCCAAUCAAACAUCAUCAUCAGCGAGUCAUACGAGAGAUGCAAGAAUGAUAUCGGAAUCAUCCAAUGUUACAACGGCUGAUUCGUUUACAACUUCUGCUACUCUAUCACCAUUAUCCGUUUUGAAUGCAACAACUGUAGACACAACUCGACAUGAAUCUACAAAUGUGCAAUUAAAACCAUGGACAAUACCGAAAAUUAUAUGUCCAAAGGAUGGUAUUCUUUGGGCACAAAUGGGUCCAGUAGGUGGACCAAAACGUGGUUAUCAAGCAAGAACCGGCCAUAAAGGUUGGGGUGUUGCCUGGUAUAUUAAUGGAUUGAUGAUACCUGAAUUGGUAUUGAAACGUGGAACUACAUAUACUUUCUGGGUGGAAGGCGGUAAUGAUCAUGAAAAUAAUGCCCGAAGACAUCCACUUUAUCUGACUACCAGUGAUGAAGGUGGAUUUGAAUAUAAAACACCCGAUGAACGACGAAUGGAACGUGUAAUGGCUGGUGUUGGUAUCACACCGAACGGUACAAUAUAUCCAAUAGCAGAAGGUCGUAGCUGUAAAUGGCACCUUACAUCGGAAACAAAUAUCAAUGAUAUUGAUAAUACGUAUCCAACAUUUGAAGAUUUUCGAAAAACUCUUGCUCUUGAUUGUGAUACUGAAGGUCAAUCUGCUCGUCUUCAAUUCACACCGGAUCAAAAUACACCUGAUCUUAUUUAUUAUCAAUGUUAUCUUCAUCGAUUUAUGGGUUGGAAGAUUCACAUUGUAGAUCGAUGUCCAAAUGAACCAACAACAUCAGAAUCGAAAUCGAUGCCAUUAGCUUCUAGUUCAUCAUCACCAUCUAGAGUUCAAGUUGCUCUACCAUUGGUUGAUCAUAUUAUUUUGCCAAAAGCAAAAGCUGAUAUGUCAGGUGCUACAAUGAUAAUUAAACCAGUGAAAAAUCGAUUACAAAAUCUUAUGUUUCAAUCAACAAAACCGAUCGCUACGGCCACCAACAUGAAACCAUUGCGAAGUUCUUCACCAAUUUUAAAACUUCGUCCAAAAUUCAAUGUCGUAUACCCGGCUUCUAUUCCACAGAUGGCUGUUCCAGAUUUUGAAAUUGAACGUACCAAUAAUAUAAGUCCAUUAAUGUCAUCGGCUGCUGUUGCAUCACCUGGAACAUUUAUGUUGCAAAAUUUUGAUAAUUUAUUCGAUCCAUUCAUGGAAAAUAGCAAAAAUGGUGUUGUUGGUGGUGGUAGUAAUUAUGAUUCCAAUCAUCGAAUGACAUUUCCAAUAUCAGUGCCAGUAUUGCCACCUGGUGUUGCCAAUCCAUACAAUUCACCAUUUCUGAAUUUUCAUCAAUCAUCAACAAAUCCAAAUCUUGUAAUGAAAAAAUUUGGUGUUCGAUUUCCCAAUAAUAAUAAUAAUAAUAAUAAUAAUAAUGUUCGUACGACAAUUAGUACUUCACAAGCAAAAUUAUAUCGUCCACAAUCAUUAUCACCGGUACGAAAAUCAUCUGCAUCAUCAUCAUCAUCAUCAACAACAGCAACAACGACGACGACCACAACGAUGAAACCGAUAAAAUCAUCAAUGUCUAUUUCGAAUCAAUCGCCAUCAAAAUCUGUGUUACUACAAUCUGGUGGAUUUGUACCGAUUGUAACUUCUAAUGGCCAAAAUAAAUAUAAUCAACGUAUAGCAUGGCCAUCAUUGACAAUGAAAUCAAAAUCAAGGAAUAAAUUCAAUAAUAAUGGUCAUCUUUUAUUACCGGAUAUCGGUUUCGGUAGCGAAGAUAUUCUGCGUAUUCGUCCAGUUGAUUCAAUGACCACGACAACGGCUACAACGAUGACCACUACGACAACAUCGACUACUACUAUGGCACCACCACAACAAUUACCAAUGAUGACUACAAUGACACCACCAUUAUUAUUGAAACAAUUUAAUCAUACUCAUGGUCAUGAUCAUAAUUUAGAGAGACCAUCAAAUAGUUUUGUUGAUCGUAAAGUAUUUUCUUCACUUGAGUAUUCAAAUGGUUUCACAACACAAAAUGACGAUACGGAUGAUUUGGAUUCUGAUUCUAAACCAUUACAGAUAUUACAAUCAUCAGCAUCAUCAUUGGUGCCAAAAUUUCAUCAUUUACAAUCAUCAUCAUCAUCAUCAUUAAAAUCCAAUAAUGUAACCAUUGAUCAGAUGAUAUUAAUGGAUGUUAUGCGAAUGAUUGCAAGAGAUUUACAACAACAACAACCACCACCACCACCAUCAUCAUCAUCAUCAAUGCCAUCACAUUCAACAUCAUCGUUAUCAUCAUUGGCCAAUGUAGACAUUAUAAGAACACGAAGACAAUCAUAAAAUCAAAUUAUUACAUUUUUGUGUAUAAAUUACAGACCACCGGUACCCUACUUACGAACAAAAUU